AUGUAUAACAGUAGAAACCCAAAAUUGAUGACCUUGCUUUACAAGACAUUUGUUAGACCUCUUCUUGAGUAUGGAACGGUAAUUACUAGCCCAAUAAGAAACUCUGAAACAAGAGCCAUUGAGUCAGUUCAAAACGCAUUUACCUGACGAUUAUACAGUAGAACACAAGGCAAAUACAUCUCGCCAACUGACACGGAGUAUAAAUCUGCAUCCGAACGCAAUGAACUUUUUGAGCUCACAACACUACAAACGCGGCGCCAAAUCUAUGACAGAAAAACUAUUAUGAAGAUGAUUAAUGGUAAACUAGAUCUCAACGUACCUCAAUUUUUUACAUAUUCUGAAAACACACGAACUCGUUCCAAAAAGAAAGUCUCAUGGAGCAGAUGUAAAACUAAAACUAGAAAGCAUUUUAUUGUAAACCGUACGCUGAGUAACCCCAAGUUUCUAAAACAUAUAUCAGAUCUUGAAUAA